GGCUCAAGAUUAUGUAUUAGGCUCACAGCAAAGUUCUUAGAGCUCUCUUGUCAGCAUGGGCUGGAAUGUUUAUGACGAGCCAGUUCUGAAGAGAGACAACUCCAAAUAUGUCGGACAAAAUGAAAAGGAGGUGCUUGCGGAGAUCUUUCUGCAGCACGCAAUUGACGGUGCCUUGCCAGUGACUCCCUGGUACAGCGCUGCUCAGUCCCUUUCCAGAGAAUUCGCAGAGCUGCAGAGUUUGUUGAAUCCGGCGAUUUUGGGACGAGUCUUCCAAAUGAUUGAUAGUGAUCACGAUGGCAUUUUGGAUCAAGACGAGUUUGUGAACGGGAUCUAUGAACUGCUUCACCCCACAACCAAGGAGGCAAUGACUUUGGCCGCCAGGAUUGCCAAGGGAAAUUUGGUGCAAGUGUCGAAUGAUUUCAGUCAUGUGAAGACUGUGGCCAUCCUUGGUGCCGGCGUCGCGGGCCUUCAAACCGCUCGUCACUUGCAAGAGAUUGGAAUUGCAUGUGCCAUGUUCGAGAAAGAAGAAGAGGUCGGUGGUGUUUGGCGCAAGAACUACGCAGACUUUGGCUUGCAGGUGCCAAAGGAACUCUUUGAAUUUCCAGAUUUUCCCUAUCCAGAGAAUUUCAACUGUGAGGACUUUCCAACUGGAUCUCAAGUUCAAGAGUACAUCGUGAUGUACAGCAAGACUUUCGGUUUGCGCGACAAGGUCCGUUUCAAGACCUUUGUGACGGAGGUCAAACCACUUGGAAGCCAACAACGAGGCUGGCAGGUGGAAUUUCACAGUACAGAGCCGGGGGACAGGACCAAGAAAUCAGAAACCUUCGACUUUUUGGUGAUUGCCACUGGCAUGUACGGUUGGCCUCCGCACGUGCCGCUGGCUCGUGGCUCCCAGAAGUUUCAAGGGCAGAUUUUGCACUCCUGCACGUUCACGGAUCGCAAGCAAGCUGCUGGAAAGAAAGUUGUGAUCAUUGGCGGUGGCAAGUCGGCGAUUGACAAUGCUGUGUCUGCAGCCAAAGAAGGUGUCUCAAGCACCCUGGUUUGCAGGAGUUGGCACUGGCCAGUCCCUCGCUUGUUGCUGAAUGCAGUCCCUUUCAAAUAUGGCACCUACAGUCGCUUUGGGCAUUGGAUGUUGCAGCCAUACUAUGCCGAGGGGCCAGUUGCACGUUGGUUUCAUGGCACCUGUGCACCAGUGAAGUGGAUUUGGUGGAGGGUGGUCGAGCUGAUGUUCCGGGGGCAGUUCCAGAUUCCAAGCAACAUGGUGCCUCAGGAUGGUAUUGACACCGAUCUCUUUAGUGGCGGUCAAAUCUUGAACUAUGAGUUCCGCGACAUGCUGCAAGAUGGUAAAAUCAAAGCAGUUUCUGGAGCAAUUGACAAGUUCACUGAGACUGGGGUGCUUCUCACCGAUGGAACUGAGCUGCCUGCAGAUUUGGUGAUCUAUGGGACAGGCUUUGCGAAGAACUACGACAUUUUUGAUAAAGUCAUCCAAGAGAAGCUUGCGAUCCAGAAAGAUGGUUUGUAUCUCUAUCGCAACAUCAUCCCACCUCAUGUGCCAGAUGUAGCUUUCAUCGGAUCGGAAGUGUCAACCUUCAACAACAUUUUGACGCAUGCUGUGCAAGCCAAGUGGCUGUCCAAACUACUGAAGGGCGAGAUGAAGAUUCCGGCGCCUGGUGCUAUGGACAAAGUCAUUGAGCGCGAAAGAGCUUGGAAGCGUUCUUGGAUGCCACCCAUGUCUUCCCGUGCCUGCAUUUGGCAGCUCCACAUGAUGAAGUAUCAUGACAAUCUUCUGACCGAUAUGAAGGAAGCCCGCUUCCGAAAGAUGCCCAAUUGCUUUGGUGAAAUCUUGAUGCCAUACACAGCUGCCGAUUACAGAAGUCUUUUCACCAGUUCCCAGUGACAAAAUCAUGUCGCUGACUGUGGCCCCCAGCCACGACAAGCUUUGAUUAUAGAUCGUAUAGUUGGAUUGGGUUGGUUCUGAUCCAGGAGCAUGGUUUUUACGCAGCAUAGACAGCAGAGAUUCAGGCAUGAAGCCUGACUUUGCCGCUUUGCCUCUUGGGAUUGGACUCACUACAAUCCUGAUCUUCGAUUCAAUUACAUCCGAAAAGGAAGUAUUGCAUUUGCGUCAGAGAUUCUUGGCUGCUGAGUUUGAACCUGAAAUGUGGGGUCAGCCAAUAUUAGCAAUACAAUCUUAUAUAGUAGAUAGCGAUGCGGUGACUGUGACAGGACUUCCAAAGAAAGCAUCUGUGAUAUUCAGUGUUGCAAUGUGUUGCAUAUUCGUUUACCUGCUUUGGUAGGAGCCCUCGUCGAUUUGUUCCUACUG